CACGGAAAAGAUACACGCCCAGACGUUCCGAUACAUUCAACCCGCUUUCCCAAGAAAUUCCCCUCCCAUUCCUCCGUGAAUCUGACACACCGGCGUGUUUCGGCCCGGAAAGUCUGCAGCUUCCGACCGACGGCAACUUUCUGGUCAAACGUCCGGCAUCCUCUCUCUCUCUUCCCUCUCUCUAUAAAAGCUCCCACACGCACCUUCCUAAUCUCAGCAUUUUCUCCGUCUCUACCAAACUAGGGUUAGGGCAUCUUUCUCCCUCCAAACCCUAUAAAUCCCCAAACUCUUGCGAAUUUCCCAAAUCCCGAUCGAAUCCGUCUCGAAUUCGGAUCUAUCUCAUCAUAUUCCCUUCUCCAGGGCUUCUAUCCUCAUUCUAGGGUUACAGGUUGGAGCGGGAGAGAUUUCAGAAUUUCGAUGAAAUGGCUAAGUUGGAGACGGUCUGUAACUCGCCGCCGAACGAUUCAAGCUCCAAGUCCGUGAACGAGACGGUAAAUGGGUCCCACCAUUACACGAUCAAGGGAUACUCGCUGGCGAAGGGGAUGGGGCCCGGGAAGUACAUAUCGAGCGACACAUUCAUGGUCGGGGGAUAUCAGUGGGCCAUCUACUUCUACCCGGAUGGAAAGAAUCCGGAGGACAGCUCGAUGUACGUGUCCGUGUUUAUCGCGCUAGCGAGCGACGGCACGGAUGUGAGGGCAUUGUUCGAACUGACUCUGUUGGAUCAGAGUGGGAAGGGGAAGCACAAGGUGCAUAGCCACUUUGAUCGGGCGCUGGAGAGUGGGCCGUAUACUCUGAAGUACAGAGGGAGUAUGUGGGGUUAUAAGCGUUUCUUCAGAAGAACAACUUUAGAAACCUCGGAUUACCUCAAGGAUGAUUGCCUUGCCAUGCAUUGCACAGUGGGUGUUGUGAGAACCCGUAUUGAGGGACCUAAACAGUAUACAAUUUCCAUACCACCAUCAGACAUGGGCCAGUGUCUCAAGGAGUUGCUGGAAUCCGGCAUUGGUUCUGACAUUACAUUCGAGGUCGGGGACGAUAUGUUCAAAGCUCAUAAAUUGAUACUUGCUGCUCGCUCUCCAGUAUUCAGGGCACAAUUCUUUGGUCUCAUUGGAAACCCAAACAUGGACAAAUUGGUAGUGGAGGAUAUUGAGGCUCCAGUUUUCAAGGCCAUGCUUCAGUUCAUGUACUCAGAUGAUCUUCCUGAUGUACAAGAACUCAUCAGGUCAAUUUCGAUGUGCACGCCCACAGUCAUGGUUCAACAUCUGCUAGCUGCAGCAGAUCGCUACGGUUUGGAUCGGCUGAAACUACUGUGUGAAGCAAAAUUAUGUGAAGAAGUUGGUGCAGAUACAGUGGCAACAACAUUGGCCCUUGCGGAGCAACAUCAUUGUUUUCAGUUGAAAUCUGUCUGCCUAAAGUUUGCAGCAUCUCCAGGAAACUUGGGAGUGGUGAUGCAGUCGGAAGGAUUUGGCUACUUGGAAGAGACAUGUCCGUCACUGCUUUCGGAGCUGUUAGAGACGGUGGCGGUGGUCGAUGACGAUGUGGGCAUGCCGAGCAGGAAAAGGAGUGGUAGCAGCAACAUUGGACUCAAUUUAGUGGAUGGCCUGGAUUCAAACAGCAGGCGUCUGCGGAGGCGGCUGUAGCUGAAUGUGUAGGAAGCUUCUCUGUCCAUGCAGUGUUAGUAGAUGCAUCCUCUCUCCUUCCUCUCUCAGAGGCAAGCAAAGAAGGCCUUUGCUUCGUGGCAUGUGUGAAGGGCUUCCCACGUGUGCGCCUCUUACAUUUGUUGGGGUGUAGAUGACUGUUGAGGGCGUUGGCGGAGACAUGGCUAGGUUUUGCAACUGGAAUCUUCUCUAGUACCUUAAGAGAAUAAAACCCUAAUCUUGUCUCUCAUCUAUAUAUAAAUAUACAAGGAAUGAUGAUCCAGUGCAACUCAUGUUAUGUAUGAUGCAGGUCUUCAUGUUGGAGA